GUUCGUAGCGGCCGUUUCACCUUUAAUUUAAAACCGGAACAAAUAAGAACAGAGCGCAGUGGCUGUAAAGUGUUUUAUCAGAUGUAUUUUUAGCUGUAAACAUACCGUGUUUGUUUAAGUACGGAUUGUGAACCGGUCGCUGGUGAUUUGUUUAUCCCAACCGCAGCUGGAGGCGCAAAAGAAGUUUAGCAUUAGCUAAACAUCCAUAUUUUAUUGUUUACUUUGUCCCAACAGGUGUGCGUUGUAUUUAUAAAGGUUUAAAUUUGUGUUUUCACGUAGUUUGAGUUGCAAUGAAGGGAUCGCGUUUUGCCACGGAGAGGAGUAGAAGCAGCGGGGCGGCCGCGCUGCUGUGCCCGCUCCUCGGUGCGUGUCUCUGGUCUGCGGUGGUCGGAUACAAGCCGGUGAUUGUGGUUCACGGUUUGUUCGACAGCUCGGAGGAUUUUAAAAACUUACAGCGGUUCAUCAACGAGUCUUAUCCGGGGACAAACGUGACGGUCAUCGACCUGUUUGACCGAAGCUCCAGCCUGCAGCCUAUGUGGAAACAGGUGGAGGGAUUCAAGGCAGCUAUCUAUCCCAUAAUGCAAAACGCAGCGGAUGGAGUUCACCUUAUCUGUUAUUCUCAAGGUGGGCUGGUUUGCAGAGGGAUCCUCUCCACACUGCCUGACCACAAUGUCCACUCCUUCAUCUCUCUGUCAGCGCCGCAGGCUGGACAGUACGGAGACACAGACUACUUUAGGAUUUUCCCUCAGUUUGUGAAAUCCAACCUCUACCACUUCUGUUACACCGGAGUUGGUCAACUAAUAUCCAUCUGCAACUACUGGAACGACCCUCAUCACAGAGAUCUGUACCUGAACAGCAGCGAUUACUUGGCUUUGAUCAACAGCGAGCGACCGAACCCUAAUUCGACGGAAUGGAGGAGCAACUUCCUCAAAAUCCAGAAGCUGGUGCUGAUCGGUGGACCUGACGAUGGAGUUAUAACUCCGUGGCAGUCGAGCCAGUUUGGAUUUUACGACGACAACGAGACCGUUGUAGAGAUGCAGCACCAAGAGUUGUAUCUAAGAGAUGUUUUUGGUCUGAAGACGCUCGUGGCUCGAGGGGAUCUGAUCCUCUGCACAGUUCCUGGAGUCGAACACGUCUUGUGGCACUCGAAUGAGACCGUGUUCCACGCGUGCAUAGAGAAGUGGCUGAUGUAGAGCGAACCACAAAUUAACCCUUUUAUAGGAAGAUGAGUGAAAUGAAUCCUCGCUAGCAUCAGUUAGUUUAUUCUUGGGGAUCUAGUCUUCUUUUCUAAUUCUUUUUUUUUACUUUUAAACCAAUUUUUUUAUUUUUUUCAUGUAUUUCUGCUCAGAGAAGUCAGAUUGUUGUCUUCAUCUAUCAGAAGUGAUGAGAUCUGAAUCCUGACACCUCUUAAGACACCUGUCAGCACAAAGAAACAAAAUUCAAAAUUACUCGGUUUAAAUUUGGUUUUUAAAACAUUGUUUUUAUUCACCCAAUGUUCUCCUAUGUCAGACUUUACGCUGUGCUGGCCCAAACAAGCCGCAGCUGUUCAGAAACCAGUGUCUCGCUGGGCUGCACCUGGUGGAGAUGAAUCAAGAAUGACGUCUUUGAAAAAAAUUUGACUAAAUUUUCAUGCAUGACUCUCAGGGCUUCGCUGUUGCAUUACAGGAGUUUAGAAACGUUGCAGAGUGGUUUUCCUCUCCAAAUAGAAGCAGAGUCGUUACAGAACUCAUCUCUGAAUAAAAUGUAGGUCAAAUCUGGAAAAUAUGAAAAGAGUAUUUUCAGGAAUGUUGGGAGAAAGUCACCCUUCAUUCACACUUAGCAUAUUUAAUUGUAUUUUUGUGCCGCGGCUCAGUGAAACACUGGCUAGACAUCAAACUUCUGCUUUAAUCGCUUAUUAUCAAGAGUAUUAUUGCAGUUCUGAUGAAAAAAUGUUAGAAAUUGGAUAAAACUUUAGAAAACUGACCUGCUACAUUUAGCUGUUAAUUCAUUUUAAGGGAGAUAUUGCUGCGGGGUUAGGGGUUUGAAGCUGUGUGUUUAUUUAGUCAUGUGAUUCACGACUGGUUGUUUGUUUAAGGGGUGAAGUGCUCUAGCUUUUAUCAGAGCAAGAGAAAUGUAAUGAUCUUUAAUGAUCUUAACAGCCUGAGUGAGUCAUCUGGUAUGAAAACAUUGAAGUUGGAGAAAGCAGACAUCGUUUAGCGUAUCGACUCUGACUCAUUCAGUACGUUUGUGAGAAAAUCUUUGAUUUGCAGAAAUCACCUCUAAAGGGAAGAGGCAAAGGAAGCAUCUCGGCAGGAACAGGAAAUGUCCUGCUUAGUUUGCCUUUAACAAAAUUAAACCUAAAUCUCAUUCUACAGUAACCUCUUUCUUAGCCAGUUUGUGCACCUUUUAGUUUGUAUAAAGUUAAUUUAUUGAUAUUAGCAGUAACAUUGUGUCUGGUUGACAUAUCUCCAAGUAUCACCAUGCAACACAACCGUGCCUGAACGACCUGUACAGAUUUACUGUCCUGGUCAUCUCGUGAUGCAGCUAUUUAUAUAUUUGUAAUCCCUCAUUAUUGAAACAGAAACCCGUUAGCGUGCAUGUUCGAGCUGAUGUUUAUGCAGUACUGUGGAGUUGUUUUCCUUUUGCUUUUAGUAGAUCGAGCCUUAAAAUUUCCCCUGAUGCCUCGUUUUCAUGUUCAUUAACAAAGUGCUGUCACACACUGCCUUUAGUCUGUGUUAAAAACAAAAUAAAGGUGAGAAUGGAUGGCAGUGCUACAUCGGUGUUUACGAAACACCGAAAGGUUGCUUAUGUUGUCUCCAUCUCCAACGAUUCAGUAACUUUUUUUUUGUCAGAAAAAGGUUAUUUUAUUUUUACAUUUUUUUGGGUCAUUUUUGCUGCUUGUUUUAAUGACACACACACACACACACA